AGCUCUACCUAAGCUCAAACAACCUUGUUCUCUCUUUCUCUCUCUCACACACACACACUUGUGCUCUCUCUCUUUUCAUUACCUUCUAAUGGCAGUUCCAGUGAUUGAUUUCUCAAAGCUGAAUGGAGAAGAAAGAGCCAAAACUAUGGCCCAGAUUGCUAAUGGGUGUGAAGAGUGGGGAUUCUUUCAGUUGAUCAACCAUGGCAUUCCAGAGGAACUUCUUGAGAGGGUGAAGAAGGUUUCCUCUGAGUUCUAUAAGCUGGAAAGAGAGGAGAAUUUCAAGAACUCAGCAACAGUCAAGCUACUAAAUGAUUUAGCUGAAAAGAAGAGCAGUGAAAAGUUGGAGAAUAUAGAUUGGGAGGAUGUUAUCACUCUCCUCGAUGAUUAUGAAUGGCCAGAAAGAACACCAGGCUUCAGGGAAACCAUGGCAGAAUAUCGAUCUGAGUUGAAGAAAUUGGCAGAGAAGGUGAUGGAAGUGAUGGAUGAGAAUCUGGGCCUACCCAAAGGAUACAUCAAGAAGGCACUCAAUGGUGGAGAUGGAGACAAUGCCUUCUUUGGCACCAAGGUCAGCCACUACCCUCCAUGUCCCCAUCCAGAGUUUGUGAAUGGUCUGCGAGCUCACACUGACGCAGGAGGUGUCAUCCUACUAUUCCAAGAUGAUAAGGUUGGUGGCCUUCAAAUGCUGAAAGAUGGGCAAUGGAUUGAUGUUCAACCAUUGCCAAAUGCCAUUGUCAUCAACACUGGUGAUCAGAUUGAGGUACUGACCAAUGGUAGAUACAAGAGUUGUUGGCACAGGGUUCUGGCCACUCCUGAUGGGAACAGAAGAUCAAUAGCCUCCUUCUAUAAUCCAUCAUUCAAGGCCACCAUAUGUCCUGCACCACAACUGGUGGGGAAACAAGACCAACAAGUGGAGGACACUUAUCCUAAGUUCCUUUUUGGUGACUACAUGUCUGUCUAUGCUGAGCAGAAGUUUCUUGCCAAGGAACCAAGGUUUCGAGCUGUUAGGGCCAUGUGAAGAAAAAGAACUUGCUUUCUAAUAGAAAAUACUUUUGCUCCCCCCAUCACCUUACUUUUUUUCCUUUGUCUUUGUACUUUGUUUAUGGGUCUUGGUACUAUAAGACAUGCUUGAUAGUAGCAAAGAAUACCACUUGGUUUCAUUCUCUUCAUAAAUUUCUUCAGAAUCGAAAACCACAGUGGGUAUUAUUAGUCUUCCCUUCUUCUUCUUAGAAUAUUGGCUUAUCUUUCAAUGUCAUGGGGGGAUUCAGUGUGCAUCCAUCUGUGCUUGCAUUGUACAAUAGUACUAUUACAUAAAUUCUACUCUAAAGUUGUCCACAAUAAAUCUCUCUUCGAU